AUGGCUGCUCUUGAUGUCGCCUUGUUGCGGAACAAUCUGAAAAAGGCAGAAACCAGCAUUUCCAUACGCCUUUUUCUCCCAAAGAUCACCACCACCAAUUCCAACCAAAAACUUCCCCUCCUUGUCUACUUCCACGGCAGAGGCUUCUGCAUAGAAACCCCUUGUUCCCCUACAUAUCACGAUAAUGUUUCUUCUCUAAUAUCUAAAGCUAAUCUUGUUGCCGUGUCUGUCGACUACAGGAAAGCUUCCGAACAUGUUGUCCCCACUGCUCACAACGAUUCAUGGGCGGCGCUCCAAUUGGUUGCUUCCCAUGUAAAGGGGGAAGGCUCAGAGUCAUGGCAGAACUUGUAUGCUGAUCUAGAUAGAGUCUUCAUGGCAGGAGAUAGUGCUGGUGCAAACAUAACCCGUAACAUGGCAUUGCGAGCCAUGGAGACACCAUUAGAGGGAAUCAAGAUUGUUGGUUUGGCUUUGAUUCAUCUUUAUUUAUCAGGUAAUGAAGCAGCAAAUUCAGAGUUGAGUUACCCAGAUGUGGCGGCUAAUGCACAAAAGUUGUGGUCUUUGGUGGUUUGUCUAGGGAAUUGCAAUAACCAUCCACUUUUGCAUUCGGCGAUUAGUGAUCUGAAUUUGGAAAGAUUUCCAUGUAAAAGAGUGCCUAUGUGUAUUGCCGAAAAGGAUACUUUAAGAGAUAGAGGUCUAUUGUAUUUUAAAAUCUUGAAGGAAAGAGGGUAG